AGUCAUGCACCGCGACUUGCAAUAAACAGACGUGUGUACGAUACUUCUGUUAGCGUUCUCAAUUUAACGAUCUUGUUUUACAUUACACAAGUAAAAUCGAAGAAAUACGUGACAAUAUCUCAAAUUGUUUUCAGUACUGCGUGAUAAAAUUUCAAAUUAUAAUUUAACGCCUUGCGUUAACAAUGCGAGAGACAUUUACGGUUUUGUAUCGACAAUAAUUCGGAUUUGUGUACUUACGUAGGUUAAUGAAAUAGAGAACAAUUAUUUCACAAUGUCGGCUGUGAUAAUGACGAAAACGCUAACUAACGGACAUUAUAAUGGGAAAUUAGAGACGUUGGAGACGAGCUUAAACGGCUAUAGGAAAAAUGGAUAUGUAAAACCUGAACCCGUUGAAGUAUCGUCGCUGUCGUUGCGGCAAGCAGCACCAUUCAGCACAGACCCUAUGGCCGUGGCGGAGCGUGAGCGUUGCUCGUACGGCCGUGUGCCGCGCGCCACGGCGCUCGCCGGCACCGCGCCGCGGAGAGUGCGGGUCUACUCCGACGGCAUCUAUGACAUGUUUCACCAGGGCCACGCGCGACAACUGCAGCAGGCGAAGAACGUGUUUCCCAAUGUAUAUCUCAUUGUUGGAGUAUGCAACGACAAACUGACACACAGUCGCAAGGGGCGAACAGUGAUGACAGAGGACGAGAGGUACGAGGCCGUCCGACAUUGCAGAUAUGUCGAUGAGGUUGUACGGGAUGCGCCAUGGGAGUAUGACGAGGAGUUCCUGGAAAAGCACAAGAUCGACUUUGUUGCGCACGACGACAUCCCCUACACGACUGAGGAUUGCGAAGACACGUAUGCUAUGAUCAAGGCCAAGGACAUGUUUGUCGCUACCGAAAGAACGGAAGGUGUUUCAACGUCGGAUAUAGUGGCGCGGAUCGUCCGCGACUAUGAUAUCUACGUGCGAAGGAACCUCGCGCGCGGAUACUCUGCUAAGGAACUUAACGUCUCCUUCCUUAACGAAAAGAAGUUCCGUCUACAGAACAAGAUGGAUGAGCUCAAGGAUAAAGGCAAAAAGGUGAUGACAAACAUCGGCGAGAAGCGAGUAGACAUCCUGGCGAAGUGGGAGGAGAAGUCGCGCGAACUGAUCGACACGUUUUUGCUAUUGUUUGGACCAGACGGACGGCUGUCAAACAUCUGGAACGAAUCCAAGGGGCGCCUGAUGCAAGCGCUCAGCCAGCCGCCGUCGCCGCGCUCCUCGCCGCCGCCCAGCGAGAACGGCGACUCGCCGCCCUCGCCACACCUCAGAGGAGGGUCUGUUUCUCCACCCCCGCCUAAGUCACGUCGUUAUGAAACCCUAUGGGAACCACAUGCAGAUGCAUCGAGCUCUGAAGGUUUUGGGGAGUCGGAAGCGGCCGCACAGCGCCAGCUGACCGACGACGGCUCCGACAGCGACGAUGACUAUCAAGACACCAGCCAGUACAUGUAGGACAUGCCCCUCGAUAUUACGCCCUUGAGAAUAUGAUCUGAGGCCUUAUUCAUAUAGCUCGUAUCGUAUAAUUAAUCUCAGGGCUUAGGAGGACCCGGUUAGCGUCGCCUGGAUCCUUUACUAGCAAACUGUGUGCUAAAAACUGUUAUGGACUUUUAAAGUGAAAAUUGUUAAGCCUUUUGUCAACACAUUGAUGCUCAAAUUGUUGUUUUUUUUUCAAGGUAAAAUUGUUAAAUUUAUUUAUGGUCUUUGAAAAACAUGAAAUUUUCAUAAACUUAAUCUUAUUUCGGUCUUGUUGUGUUGGCAAGGGGCCUACAACAUGUUUGUGGUAGUUAAACAUGAUUGUGUCAUUUCAAUGAUUUUAUAUGUCUUCUAAUAAAUGCACUCUCGUAGAGAGUGAGGCUGUGAAGACAAGACAUAUAAGUAUGAAAAGAGUGCUUGGUAUGGCCGGUGUACUGAAUAAGGCUAAUAUUAUAUUUUUAUGAUGAAAUUUUUCAUUUUCAAAAUUAAUGACACUGUGGAGUGCAUUUUUUUGAACUACCCCCCAUGUGUUAAAUUAUUUUAGAGUACACAAUAUCAAGUUCGUAUGUCUGUUAAAUGUACGACAGAAUGAAUGUAUUUAAUCCUAUUAGUUUUAAAAUAUUAUUAUUUUAUUUAUAAUAUUUAAUGUAAAAAAUGUUAUCUCUUAAAAUAUGAUGGUAUGUGCGGAUGAAUUUGGACAAGUUAGCAGUAGCACCGUGCAUACAUUUUGUGAUAGGUAAAGGAAAAUAGAAAAAUGCGGUUUGUAUUGUACCUUUGACAGUUGAUUAAAGAGGUGCUUAUUUU